AUGAAGCCUUCCAAAACGAGUAUCCCGAUUAUUGGAGUAGGAAGUGUGCCUUCAGGAUCAACGAAGGGUGCUGUUGACAUCACUUUACGAUCUAAGCAUUCUGAAGACCAGAUUGAGCUUCAUGCGCACGUACUGCAGUCUCUUACCGUCGAACUGCCUCCAGUCGUCAUCGCCAGUCAAUCCUGGAACCACAUCGCAGAUUUGGAACUAGCAGAUCCAGAUCAUCUAUCACCAGCCUGGAGUUAUCAUGGGAACCCCGGACAGCCUAUCGCCAUUCAGACUGUUUUUGGAUGGGCCGUUCUUGGACCUGCUGGUCCAUCUUCUAUCACCACGCCUGCACAUCAAGGUCACCUAAUCUCAAACCUGCAGCUUCACGAACUCGUCUCGAAAUUCUGGGAGCAGGAAGAAGUUCCAGCGUCUCACCAAGAAUCUCUUAGUGCUGAAGAAGCCGAGUGUGAAGCACACUUCAUCGCCACUCACUCUCGCGACAGCUCAGGUCGCUACAUCGUGCGAUUGCCCUUCAAACCCAAUGCUCCUCCGCUUGGAUACUCGAAAGGCAUUGCACAACGUUCGCUAUCUCGCAUUCUCAAUCGCAUCGCCCAACAACCAAAUCUUCAUCGACUGUACACAGAGUUUCUCACCGAGUACGAGUCCCUGGGUCACAUGGAGAAAGUUCAACCGUCAACUGCUUCAGACGUUGUCUAUUACCUCCCUCAUCACGGAGUGAUGCGCAAUAACAAAAUUCGUGUGGUGUUCAAUGGCUCUAGUAAGACAACAUCAGGCUAUUCGCUCAACGAACUGCUUCAUGUCGGUCCCAAGACUCAGAAUGACAUCUUCGACGUGCUGUUGUAUGUCCGUCGCCAUCGCCUCAUCUUUACAACUGACGUAGAAAAGAUGUUUCGCCAAAUUCUCAUACAUCCUGAUGAUCGCAAGUUCCAACGCAUCUUAUGGACUGAUAAUAACUCACAGAGCCAAGAGUUCGAACUUACCACAGUUACAUACGGAACUACAUCAGCUCCUUACUUAUCAGGCCGCACCCUGAGACAACUACUGCUAGACGAAGGUCACGACUUUCCUUUAGCUGCUGAACCGAUCGAAAGGGGAAGUUAUGUCGACGACAUUACUGGCGGUGCUGAUGAUCUCGACUCUCUCAAUGCUAUCGCAAAACAAGUUGAAGAAAUGUGUCUACGAGGAUGCUUCCCUUUGGCAAAGUGGAAGAGCAAUCAUCCUGAUUUCUUCAAAAUUAAUCUAUCUUAUCAACCAGGUUCAGAGUAUCAUGAAUUUAACGAGUCAUCCUCCAAGAUUCUGGGUCUAGCCUGGCAGUGUGCGCCAGAUCUGCUCAAGUUCACUGGUCAGUCCUCACAAAAGGCAGCUAUCACCAAACGCACCAUCUUAUCCGAAACAGCUCAACUGUUUGAUCCUCUGGGCUUGAUCUCGCCAGUCAUCGUCCGCGCCAAAAUCUUAAUGCAAGAUUUAUGGCAAGAAAAGGUCGGAUGGGAUGAUACUCUCACGCCGCAAAUCAUUCAUCGCUGGACGUCGUUUCGUGAUGAGCUAUCUCAGCUAUCUCAGCUGGCUAUUCCUCGGUGGCUCAAUCUACGCGCUGACAACUUGGAAGUCGAGAUACAUGGGUUUUCAGAUGCCUCUCAAGCUGCAAUGGCUGCUGCUGUUUACCUCAGAGUAACAACUUCCAACGGAUCAUCAUCAGUAACUCUAGUCUGUUCCAAGACUCGAGUCGCGCCUCUGCAUCGCCUCACAAUUCCACGAUUGGAAUUAUCAGCUGCUCUGCUGCUAUCAAAACUGGUCUCUCGCGUUCAGUCGACUCUCCAGCUCCAUCAUGUUCCUGUCUCACUGUGGACUGACUCUUCGGUGACUCUAGCUUGGAUCAACAGCGAUCCAAUGCGCUGGAAGGAGUUCGUGAAGAACCGAGUUCAAGCGAUUCAGCAAACCUCGCCAAACGCCACCUGGAGACUUGUUUCAGGAAAGCAAAACCCGGCAGAUUGUGCGUCUCGAGGUCUUACACCUGCACAACUUAUUAAUCACAGACUCUGGUGGUCUGGACCCGACUGGCUAGCCCAGCAGAGUCAUCUCUGGCCAUCGUUCACAGCAUCAAACGAUCAACUUGCCGACACCGAGAUUCGCCCAAGUUCAGUACACACAUCUACAAGCACCAAGCUGCCGUUUGAUGUCCUAUUCUACGAAGACAGACCUCUCACAAAACUGCUCCGUGUCACAGCCACGAUUCAGCGAGCAGUGGCAUGCUUUAAGAGAGUUUCUGGAUCUAGCUUAGGCUCAUCACCCCUAAAUCCUGCUGAUCUUCAAUUUGCAUUGAAGUUCUGGAUCAAAUCCACGCAGCAAAUCUACUUCGCCAGUGAGAUUCGAGUACUAUUGCAAGGUAAGAGUCUUGCUAAAUCUCACCCUCUCUCUCGACUUACAGCUUGGAUCGACCAGACUGGUUUACUUCGAGUUGGUGGACGUUUACAAAACUCGCUACUCGAUGAAGACGCCAAACAUCCUCCAAUCAUGCCAAAGGAUUCGGAAAUCUCCAGGCUCAUCAUCGCCAACGCCCACACUCGCACGAUGCAUGGUGGAACCCAGCUGACGCUUGACUACGUACGUAGAUACUGCUGGAUCCUUGGUGGUCGUGCUCCUAUCAAAUCUUUCAUUCAUCGAUGCGUCACCUGCACCAGGAUACGUGGCAUCCGUGCUCAACAACGCAUGGGACAGCUCCCAGCUUCCCGUGUCACACCUUCACUGGUCUUUGAGCAUGCUGGAGUCGAUUACGCAGGCCCAGUGUCGCUCAAGUUCUUUCAAGGGCGCGGCACGCGCUCAUAUAAGGCUUGGAUCGCAGUAUUCGUGUGCUUUUCAACUUCUGCUACUCACCUGGAGCUGGUAACUGACUACAGUGCUCAAGGCUUCUUGAAAGCGUUCAGACGCUUCACAGCCCGACGAGGAAUCUGCAAGACGCUCACCAGUGACUGCGGAACCAACUUUCAAGGUGCUAGUGUUAUCUUGAAACGGUUGCUAGCUGGUUCUACCAAAGAAUCGCAACAUCUUCAACAACUUAUUGCCAACGACGGUACAAAAUGGAAGUUCAAUCCUCCAGGAGCUCCUCACAUGGGUGGCAAAUGGGAAGCUGCCGUCAAAUCUGUCAAGCAUCACCUAUCACGCAUCAAUUCGGACAAAAUCCUCACGUACGAGGACUUCUCCACGCUUCUAACUCAGGUGGAAGCUGUUUUAAAUUCUCGACCUCUCAGUGCUCUAUCAGAAGAUCCUGACGAUCUCACAGCGUUGACUCCUGGACACUUCAUUCGAGGAGCACCCCUUACGCUUAUACCCGAGCCAACACUGGUCGACACCCCAGCAAACCGACUAUCACGACUUGAGGACAUCCAGCAGCGGCUUCAACUGUUCUGGUACCACUGGUCUGCUUCUUGCCUGAAAUCUCAUCAAACCAUCUCCAAGUGGAAUACUUCAUUCAACGACAUCGAUGUUGGAUCUCUAGUCCUGGUCACAGAUGAGCGAUAUCCACCAUCAAAAUGGCCGCUGGGUCGUGUCACCCACACUCACCCUGGUAAGGAUGAUCUUACCCGAGUUGUCACCAUCCAGACGGCUACUUCUACCUAUACACGACCAAUACACAAGUUGGUACUAGCUUCCUAUUCCAAGACACGAGGAAGAUUCUCAUGA